AGUCGGCACACAUUCGUUUCUAACGCGUGCCGCUGAAAGCAACUCGCUAAACGACAGCCCGAUAGUAGACUACAGCAGUUAUAUUCAAACUACCAAGUUUUGUUGUUAACAAAGUUGUUACCAAAAGUCUCAUUUAGAUCCAAUAGCAGAAUUUUUGUGAAAUAACAGUAAAUUUGAAAAUUCGUUAAAAUUUUUGAAAAUUUUAUUCGCAGCUUUUAUGCAUUGUCGUGUGCUUGUGCAGCGUAAAAAAGUAACUUCAUUUUCGAGUGCAUACAAUUAGGCGCCAAACAAUAAGCGUGUGAAAUAUUGCAAUUAGUAAUCGGUGUAAGCUGUGUAAUUGACUGUGGUCGUGUGACAUUUAAUUUGAAAAAAACACUUCCAAUUGCUCUCACUCGCUAAUAGCUACUGCAUUUGCAUACAUAUACAGAUAUAUAUCUGUAUAGCUUUGUGUAUAGCCCACUAAAAACUAAAACAUUCUAACGCUUUCACUAAGCUAACUCAGUUAGUUUUUUUGCACCAGCUGUCGCGUGUGGUAUUAGUGUCUUUGUGCGCUGAAAUAUUUACUUUUCAUCAAAAAACGCUGUGUUUGCUGCAAAAGGAGUGCGCGCGCUAAUAAAGCUAAAAAACUGAACAUAAUAAAGAAAAGAAAUUUUUAAUUGGAAAAAUUUGUAUAAGUGCGAAAAAGCGGUGGCUGACAAAGUAUUAACAGCUAACAAAAAAACUACUUUUGAAUAAAGAAAAAGUUAUACAGUGAUUUGCACGAUUUUUGAAGUAAUUGUACUGCUAAUCUAAACAGCAUUUGAACUGAAGGGGAAAAGUUUCAGGAAAAACAAAACAAAGCAACAACUGCAACAAAAAACCAAAACAGCAUUCAAAAUGUUCAAGUCAAACCACUUAGUGAGCUCAUUUCUCUUUGUCUGCAUUAGCGUUAUGCUGUGGCAACAAAGUGCCGCUGAUGUGCCGGACAACACCGCGCUUGCCAACUUAUACAAUAGCUUGCUGCAACGCGAAUAUGCCGGUCCAAUCGUUUUCCCCAAUCAUCAGGUUGAACGCAAAGCUCAACGGUCACCUUCUUUGCGACUACGUUUCGGUCGUCGCAGCGAUCCGGAUAUGUAUUUGCCCGCCGAGAAACGUUGGUUUGGUGAUGUAAAUCAGAAGCCAAUACGUUCACCAUCAUUGCGUUUACGUUUCGGUCGUCGCAGCGAUCCCAGCAUGCCACUGCAUAGCGAAUUUGAUGCUGUCAUGAACGAUUUGGCCGGUGCAAGCAACAAUGGUGGCAUAACUGAUGCCGAAGAAGCGGCUGCCUAUUAUGGUGAUGAGUACCCAGAAGAUAUGUAUGAUGCUGGUUUCGAACGUAUGGUACGUAAGCCACAGCGCUUGCGUUUUGGUCGCAGUCUGCCAAGAGUACAGAAUAAUAUCGAUGAUGAAUUGGAGCAUGAACAACUGCAACAAACCGAUGACUUCUUCAACUCACUGUUAACUUCGGAAAAAUUACACAACAUGUUGCUCUCACUCCGUCAAUAUGAUGCUGAACCUUUGUCCAGUGAUUUCAUGUCUCUAAACCACAACAAUGAUGACUUUCAACGUGAGGUACGCAAACCAUCGCCACUCCGUUUGAGAUUUGGCCGUAGCGCUGCUGGUGAUACCAACGAACAGAAGAAGGUCAUUGCACAAAAUGCCAUUAAUGUUGAAAAACCGGCGCCAGUUGCCACACAACAACAACAACCACAGCAAGCACAAGCCAAGAAUUAAAUGCUGAAAACUAAAAACCAAAAACAACAACAAAUAAACUAUGUAAUUGGCAAAGGCAGGAAAACUCACUGGCGCUGAAGAUGAAUUUCGAUGGAAGCAAAUUUUAACCCAUUAAAAAUAUAUAUUAAUUUAAUAUUAAUACAUACUAACGUACCCACAGAAAAAAAAAUGUGCGCAAUAUUGUUAUAACCUAACCUUGUAAACAUGCAAACAUACUAUGUGUCCAUACAAUUUAAUGUUAAACAAAAAAUAUUUAUGAAAAUAUUUAAUAAAUUAAAUAAUACUUAAAUUUGCUUAUACAUGUUUUUAUUUGACGAAAAGCUGUUGUGCAAUGCGGCAUUGUGUAAAAAAAAUGUUGGUUUUCUUUCACAAAAUCUUACUAAAAAAUUAUAUGUGAAACCACUUUUAUUUAUUAUUUU